GUCCUGGCCUCAAUCCCCAGUUCUGCACAAAUAAUGAGAGAGCUAAAUAAGGGGAAGACUCUGCGUCUCAUUAUCUCGGGUUGGUUUCUUUCUUGUAACCCAGGCAUUGACAGGAAAUCCACAAGGAUCUCUCAGGUGCCUCAAGGAGGUUGCUACCAGGAAAUCAGCCUUGCAAAAUGAGAAACAUUCACAUGCCUUCCAAGCGCCCUGCUCGCCCCUGCGGUGUCUUCUGCCCCCGCGCGACCGCAUCCCGGUACUGCACCCGCUCGGAGCUCUUUUAGGUCUUGCUCUGGGCAUGAGAUCAUACUUCUCCAGAGAGAGAAGCGGAAUGGCGCCCCCUGGUGGGUGCAGGGGAGCAUACACCGAUUCCUUUAUGCUCCCAGCUGGUCCUCCCUGGUUCUCUGAAUGGAGAAACUCCAAGACUGCACACUCAUUCUCCAGCCUGAAACUGAUGGGGACAGGGAAGGGACAGGGAAGGGACAGGGAAGCGACAGGGAGAGAGGCCUGGGGGUGAGGAUAAUGGGGUCUCAGUUGAGGAAGCUAAGCUGGGGCUUCUCCUAUGGCAAAUCUGCUACCCUCAGGGUCCGAUCUGGAAGCUUCCCUCAUGAUGACAAGGGCAACCAGGGUCCCAGGCGAGCCCAGGGAUUUGGGGGAAGCCAGCCAGCCGUGUGUUCGAAUCCCACAGAGUUAAUCAGAGGGGAGCUGAUCCAGAACCGUAUUCACUUGUACCAAUUUCUCCUCCUGAAGAUGGCCAUCUUUCAGCACUGGGUGUCGGGACUAGCCCAGGAAGCCCGGGGUUCUGGCAGUGACCAGACCCGCCUGCUUCCAGAAGUCAUCAUAACCUAUGCUCUGGGCUUGGUCCUUCGAGCUGGACUGGCGUUGCUGUGGGUCCCUAUGUGGCUGCUGCUCUGGGGACCCAGGUUGUCAUACAGAGUCGGACUGUGCUGCACUCAUACUAUGAAGCUGGCCCUGGGGCACCUCUGUGCCUGUGAACCUCCGGGUCUGUCUCCAGCCACCUUCAGGGACCUGUUUCUAUCCUGCCUGCAUCGCCUGAUGCUGGUGGCCUUGCUGGUGCUGCUGCUAACCUGGAAGCUGGUGCAGAAAGCCCAUCACUCCAGUCUGGGCUGGCUGCACAGCCAGAGUUCUAUGCUCCUGGAAGCCCUGGCCCUGCUGAGACGCCUCUACCUGUGGGUGGAGCACAGGACCACACUCACUUCCUGGAACCUGGCCUAUCUUGUCACUUGGACUACCUGCCUCGCUUCCCACCUGCUUCAAGCUGCCUUUGAGCACACAGCCCAACUGGCCCAGGCCCAGGAGGUCUCAUUCGAGGAGACCUCAGAGCCCUCAUCUCAGUUCUUAAUUCCAGAAUCCUCCACCACUGAGUCUGGACCCCUCCCUUCCCAGCCUGAAACCCCCGGAGAAUAAAUGUGUCCCCCACCCGCC